AUGUCCACGCGAUCCGCAAAUAACAGAAAUGUACGGCAACGCAAGCUUAAUACGAAGCAGCCGCUGCGUGUGAUAAGAGAGAGCGAUCUCGAUGACAUCGCCGAUCAUGAGACCCAACAGAGCAUCCCUCAGGUCGAGACGGGUGUUGAGAAGGGCGAGGAAGUCGUAAGUACUUGCCUUGCCGUUGACUCACCUGCGCUUCACUGCAUCGCCACGUUGCUAAUGCAUCUGCCUCUAGGAAUACCACUUGCAAGCCAUCAUCAAGGGCUCGCAUCAGAGUUACAUCCCGACUCCAGAUGCCGUCAAGGCCAGAGGUGUCAAGUAUGACGAGCUGUACGCGAAGAGCUUCUCGCAGCCCGCAACAUAUAUCCGGUUUAGUUCCACCGUGGAGGAUACCAUCGGUACACCGUAUUGCAUGAACGAAGAUGACGCCAAGUUCCUCGAGCAGCUGAACGAUGGCAAAGAUGUCAACGGCCAACCUCUCAAAGACAAAUCCGCACAAUGCUCCGAGGACACCUUCGAGGAAGUGAUGGAUUUCUUCGAAGAGACGAGCCAGCGUAUCCAGCCCUUUGCAAACGUCGACAGUGCUCCCGUCCUGACUCUUGACGAAAUGCUGCAAAAUAAGCAGGAGGACCUUUCCGGUGGCGCGGAGAAGUUCCUGAAGCCGCUUUACCAAUACUGGGUGUCGAAGAAAGGUAGCCGUCCGCUGAUGCCCGCCAUCAAGGUGAAGGUUCUUGACACGACAUCGGAGGCAGACGACGCAGAUCCCUAUGUCUGCUUCCGAAGACGCGAAGUUCGGCAGACCCGCAAGACCAGAGGAAGAGACGCCCAGGUCGUCGAGAAGCUCAAGAAAUUGCGCAUCGAGCUCGAGAUGGCUCGAAACCUCGUGGCAUCUGUUCGUGAGCGUGAACAUCUCAACGGCCAGAACCUCAAGCUUAGCCGCACGGUCUUUGAGCAGCGCAAAUCACUCAAAGAAGUCAAGGUUGCUAAGAACAUUGUCGGUGAGAAGGGAGAAGACGAAGAGCUCUUGGUUAACCAAAAGCCUGUCGUUAAGCCCAAAAGGCCAGAAGGUUCCGGGCAACGUCCGACCAUCCGCCUUCGCUCCAUUGGCGAGCGUUCUGCUCCAGAGAAUGAUUUUCCAGGUGGCUUGCUUGCCGAUGUCCAAGCUGAUGCAGACUCAUUUGUCCAACAGGCCAUCGAGAGCAGGAAAGAGCAGCACCGGCGAUGGAACCAGCAAUGGAGUGACGAGACUUGGGGUCCUCUCACACCACCGCCAGAUGCUGCAGAUCAGCCGCCCAGAUGGGCUGCACUUCCAAACGAAGCUGCUGGGUACCCAACUCCACCUCCGUCACUGCCUUCUAGAAGUUCGCAGGACAGGGAUGGAGAUGUUGAGAUGGAAGAUAGGAAACCCCCGCUCGAUCUCGAUACCGUAGCGGGCGCCGAACCUCAGUUCACGUUCUUCGUGCCUCCACCGCAUUCGAUAGAGCAUUACUUCGGGGAAAACCAGCCUUUCGAAAUGGUAACGCAAGAAAGCAAACCGGUAGCUCGUCUUCGUUGGGGUCGCGGGGGCCGUUUGCAUCUGGAGGCGAGGAGGCCUAAGCGGGUGGGCAGGAUCAGCCAAGGAGUAGUGUCUGAUUCGGAUAGCGAUGAUGAGGAGCCGGAGUAUUUUCGGGUGUCUGACAGUAAAUCCUUCGACUAUCGUUGUGCGAUGAACAGUCGCGCACGACCUGAGGGACAACGGCCCAGCGGAGACCAGACCGCGAUAGUGGCAGCCCAGCAGGCACAACAGCAGCAACAGGCAGCGGCGGUGGCCGUUCAUCAGCAACAGCAGGUCACCGCGGGCAGUGCUGGAUGA